AUGAAGCUGGCAUCUGAGAACAUCACUCUUUCCAACGCGAUUGAUCUUCUCAAAAUGGAGUUAAGCGACCGCGAACAGGAAUUUUUGUGCAAUGAUGUCGAGAUCUCAGGAAUAACGGAGACGAAAGAAGAAAACGUUGGCCAUAUCGUUCAGGUACUCUCAAAUAAACUCGGUCUAAGCAUCAAUGAAUGUGAUAUUGUCAGUGCUACCCGAGUAGGUGUGUUCCGGCCAGGCGGUCUGGUGGAAAACGUCAGUGGCAAAGGCUCGAACGGGGCGGCCGAGCCGCGCCCGCGCCCUAUAGCCGUGCGGUUCGCGCGCCGAUCUGUCAAAGAUGGCAUUAUCAAUGCAGCGCGUGUUCGUCGUGGCGCCACUACAGCAGACUGCGAUCUUCCCGGACCGUCGAGACGCUUCUACGUGAACGAACGCCUUACAAGAACGAACAGAUGGCUGUUCAAUAAAGCCCGCGAAGAGGGCAAGCGUCACGGGUGGCGGUUCAUCUGGACCAAAGAGGGCAAGGUACUGGUUCGUAAGGAACAAGGAAAGGCCAGUCACCGCAUAAGAUCGGAAAUGGACCUCGCGAGUGUUUUUGGCUCAGAUAAAGUUGGCACAAACGUUCCUAAACCUAGUACUAAAAAUUAUUGA